CUGAAGUCCCAUAAACCUCUGAAGAAAACUUAACAAAACCCAACCAUCUCGUCUUCCUCAGUCACACACGGGGCACAACUCCAACCAGAUCCUCACCCCUACCGAAAAUGGCGACCACCCUGCUACCCGAGACUGCCCAAAAGGUCCUAAUCCAAGAAACUCUCCGCUCCGCUGCCAAACAGUCCCAGCGCUGCCUCACGACCCCAGUCCGUCUCCGUCGAGCCAUUAAAAAAUACCUCAAAGAGCAGGAGGAGCCCCACAUGAAGAGGAAGGUGCUGAGGCUAUCGGAAUCUUUCAGCCAAAUUAAGGAUGUGAAUUCGCAGCUUGUUACAGCGACUUCACAACAGCUCGUUGAGGACCCUUUGCAGUCUGUGGACCAAUCCCAGAGGUGGAAGAUCAAGAGCUCUUAUGGAGACAUCGGCCUCACCUACAGAGACGACGAGACCAUUGCUUAUGUUGCUUCUAGAAUGCCUGCUGUGUUUUCUGCUUGUCACAGAGUACUGAAGGAGGUUCGUAGAAGACUGCCUGAGUUUUCUCCUGCUAGAGUGUUGGAUUUUGGUGCUGGCACGGGUUCAGCUUUCUGGGCACUACGUGAAGUCUGGCCACAUUCCUUGGAGAAAGUUAAUCUAGUGGAGCCAUCACAAUCAAUGCAGCGUGCAGGGCAGAAGCUUAUACAAGGUCAGAAGGACUUGCCACUUAUUCAUAGUUAUGAUAGCAUCCAAUCAUUGACCAAAAGCAUCAAAAAGUCAGACAGAGAGCAUGACCUUGUAAUUGCUUCCUAUGUUCUUGGAGAGAUACCGUCGCUCAAGGAUCGAAUUACUGUAGUACGCCAGCUUUGGGAUCUGACACGGGAUGUCCUGGUUUUGAUUGAACCUGGAACACCACAAGGAUCUAAUAUCAUAUCUCAGAUGCGUUCACAUAUAUUGUGGAUGGAAAAAAGGAAAUGCCGUAAAUCUAAAGAUGGAGCUGAUAAAACUACCAAGGACUUGGUCACUCAAAAGAGUGGUGCAUUUAUAGUUGCUCCGUGUUCUCAUGAUGGACAAUGUCCGCUGGAGAAAGCUGGAAAGUAUUGUCAUUUUGUUCAGCGCUUGGAGAGGACAUCUAUUCAGCGUACAUUCAAGCGUUCCAAGGGUGGUCAGCCGUUACGUGGCUUUGAAGAUGAGAAAUUUAGCUUCAUUGCUGUCAGACGAGGACAAAGACCACAGGAACCUUGGCCUCUUGAUGGUCUGAAAUUUGAGACUUUGAAGGAGCAACAGGCUAAACGGAGCCCUGAAGAUCUUGAAAUUGACCUGGAGGAGCUAAAUAGCUCGCAGCAAGCUGACCUCAUUCCAUUUGAAGAACCGGAUCCAGUUAACUAUGAUUCUGAUGUUAUGGAAACUGAUGUUGCUGAUGAAAAUGACGAAGAGGAGGAGGAUGAAACAGGUCAUGCUGAUCUUGGGGGUGGUUGGGGCAGGAUCAUCUAUAUGCCUGUACGAAGGGGCAAGCAGGUUACAAUGGAUAUUUGUCGAUCAACCAAACGGGAUGGUUCGGAAGGCGAGCUUCAGCGGGUGGUCGUGACAAAGAGUAAGAACCCUGCACUACAUCAACAGGCCCGAAAGUCUAUCUGGGGGGACUUAUGGCCUUUCUGAAGAUAAAUAUCCAUACCUCUUCACGCUGUAACCACUAUGUAUACGAAACUAUGUUGUUAUGUUCAACGAGCCUUUAAUUUGUUCUUCUCAAUGAUGGGGUUGAAUCCAAAUUUUCCCCCUUCAAUUUAUUGUGCCCUUUUAAUGAGUAUUUUACAUGAUUUUACCCUAA